AUGGCGGAUAAACAGGAUAUGAAUCCGGCCAUUGGCGUUGACCCAGGCGCGGUUGGUGGGGUUUGUAGGGCUUUGAAUAUCUCGGAUGAGAAGCAGUGUACGGCUGUUGCUACUUCUGUCAAUGGAUUGUUUUGUGCUUUUCAUUCAAGGCAGUGUCAAGGACUCUACCGCGGCUACAAAAGCCGUAACGCUCGUCUCGACCGCCUCAUAGCAUCUCCACCAGCCUGCCUCUCCAAUCCCAAUAAGCCCCUAUCCUCAUACACCUUCGAAGAUAUCACGACGCCGUCUCUCCUCUCUGAGAUCCACUCCCACCUCUUCACCAAGCUCCAACUUCUCGAUCGUGUAAUCCGAGCCCGUAAACUUCACAACUCCCGCUUCUACGCCUGGGACAUGGAUUACGGCCAUGCGAAAUACCUCGAUCACCUGUAG